CUCAGUCCGAAGCAUGCAGUGGAACUUAUUCUGGGUCUGCGAGCCAGGGUGGUUCUAGAACUGUGCCGUGGGGAUCAUGCUGUAGCGUCUGACGAGCUGAAGCUCCACCUGGACAGCAUCCAGCUGCUGCUGCCCACUCUCAGAGCAGAGGAUGGCAGCCUUGGUGAUUCAGAGACUGGCUUUAUGAAGCUGGUUCAAACGCUCCUCGAGGACUCCGAGGAGAGAAAGAGCUUCUUCCAGGAUGUGUUUCCGGAUGUGUGUUGCUCCCGUUAUGAUGAGGUGCUGCAGGUUCUCAUGUGGGACUUCCUCAGGAGACUGGAGAAGCUGCUGCCAGUCCCCGAUCUGCUGCAGGUUGUGUCGUGGCUUGAUGGCUCUGCUGCGUUGGCCGCUGACUGCACUGAGUGCAUCGCCCACCCUGAGAAUCUGAAGGCCUUAACCCAGUGCACUGAGGUCCUCGCUCGCCUGGAUCCUCCUAGCGCCCCCACAGUGCUGGGGGGAGUCAUCAUCUCCCUGCUCCACACCGGACCACACAGGACUGCCACCAGGGGGCAGAUGGGCAGCACCACAGGGGGGCAGAUGGGCAGCACCACGGGGCAGAUCCGUAGCACUUGCCCUACACAGCAUCUACAUCUGGCUAAGGGUCAGCCCCCGAGUGACCCUCUGACCUCUGUGGAGACUGUUACCAAGACCACAUGCACAGAAACGGAGCUGGGGACGAGUUCAACUGAGAUAGAAGCAGAGGAGGAGCCGGGAGGAGGACACGGGGCAUGGGAGAGGCAGCAGGGAGGUGUAGAGGAGGUGGACGUGGAGAUGACCGAGAGCAGUGGAGGAGAGGAGGAGAAGGAGGAGAGCAGUGACUGGGUGUCCGAGGGGGACAGGAUGAGCCAGGGUCAGUCAGGGGAGGCAGAACUCCAACAGGAAACACACGGGCAGGGUUCCACCGCCACUUCCUGUGUGGACGCAGAGCGGGCGACUGGUGGGACUGCUCCUGACUCCGCUGUCCCGGUCGGCUGGAGGAGGUCACAAAGGAAGCCAAAGAAAACCUGGAAGGUCAAGGUCGUCCACGCACAGGUGCAGAGGACAAAGGUCAAUACCCAGGAGUUAAAACAUGGCCGCAGUUUGAAGUCAAAGAACGUCAACUCCAGUGAGAGUUCAGUCGUCGGCCCCAUUCGAGUAUCUGGUGGGACAAACUGUUCAGAUGAGGCCGCCCAGACGUGGUCGCGUCCGCAGUGCCCAUUCUCCCACCAGCAGGAGGAGCUAGUGAGGCCGCACCAGGAGCUGGUUCACACUGACCAGACUCAGACAGCGCCCCCCUCAGGAACGGCCCUGACGGCGCACCAGCACACGCACUCGGGGGAGCGACCGUUCACCUGCCAGCAGUGUGACAAGAGCUUCGCGCACAGCCAGGCGCUGGCACGCCAUCGCUACACGCACGGUGCUCCGCGCCUCUACGAGUGCGGCCGCUGCCCCGAGGUCUUCCCUUCGAUAGCGGUCCGCAACGAGCACCGCCGUGCGCAGCACGAGCCCAAGAACUACUGCGCCGAGUGUGACCAGCGCUUCAGUUCGCCAUCCGCUCUCCAGCGCCACCUGCUGUUGCACCAGCAGGAGCGUCCCUACAAGUGCUCCAAAUGCCCCGCUACCUUCCCCUGUCUGCCCAGCCUCACCCGCCAUGGGCUGGUGCACCGCACCGAGCGCUCCUACCCCUGCAGCUGCGGCAAGUCCUUCACCUACAGGGGGGCGCUGUUGAGCCACCAGUGCGUGCGCUCCAAUGAGUGGCCGUUCCUCUGCGACGACUGCGGCAAGAGCUUCCCGUACAAAGUCGAGCUGGAGAACCACCGCUUGAUCCAUUCGGACAAUAGGCCCUUCCUGUGCCCGCACUGCGGCAAGGCUUUCAAGCGUCAGCGCGGCCUGAACAAGCAUGUGAACGGGCACACCCGCGAGAAAGUCUUCCACUGCUCACAGUGCGACAAGACCUUCUGCUUCAAAGCCAGCCUGACACGGCACGAGCUAACCCACUCGGGCGAGAGGCCCUUCCUGUGCGACAACUGCGGUAAGGGGUUCUUCUCGCAGGGCGAGCUGCAGAAGCACCAGCGGUUUCACACGGGCCACAAGCCGUUCCGAUGCGCGGUGUGCGACAAGAGCUUCACGCAGUCCUGCUACCUGACUCUGCACAUGCGCUACCACACAGGCGCGCGGCCGUACACCUGCACGUCCUGUGGGAAGAGCUUCUACAGCUCCUAUCGCCUCAAGAGGCACAUGCGCAUACACACCGGUGAGAAGCCGUAUCAGUGCACUGUGUGCCUUGCACACUUCCAGCAGUCCUACCAGCUGAAGGCUCACCGGAAGACACACCACACCCUCAAUCCCGACCAAUGACGCGGUUGGAAUGGCUAACACAUCACAACAACCUCGACCAAUGACUGGAAUGACGCGGUUGGAAUGGCUAACACAUCACAACAACUGGAAUGACAUGGUUGGAAUGGCAAACACAUCACAAACCUCAGCUUUGACCAAUGACACAGCUGGAAUGGCCAACGCACGUCACCCUCUGGCUCGACCAUUGGCACGGCUGGAAUGGCAAAUUAUGUCACUGACCCUCACCCACUGACACCUAAUGCAGGAUGAAGUGUGUUUGAAGAUCCGUUUGGUUGACACUUUUGGACUCAAGGGCACGAUUCUAAAAACUUCUUUAAGGAUUUGUUAACCACUACAACUUAAUAAAACUAAUGAAGGGGGCUCUAGUCAUCAUAAA